AAGAUCGAUACAAGUUCAGCAGAAAGUUGGAACAUUUGCAAAUCAUUCAACCACAGUGGAAGAAAAGUGAAGAUAUCGAAGAUGUUAAGCAAUUCUGUGCCAAGGUCGGCUAUCCAUGCCUCAUUCGACCGUCCUAUGUACUAUCUGGUGCGGCGAUGAACGUUGCGCAUACUGAGGAGGAUUUGGCGAUGUUCUUGAAACAGGCUGCUAUUGUUGCCAAAGAGCACCCUGUGGUGGUGUCGAAAUUUAUCAGUGAAGCAAAGGAGAUAGACGUUGAUGCAGUCGCUAUGGAAGGUGAAUUGCUUGUAAUGGCUGUUUGCGAACAUGUGGAGAAUGCCGGAAUUCAUUCGGGUGAUGCAACGCUGGUCACCCCUCCACAAGGAUCUCAACCAGUUCGAAUCGCUUCUGCUUUCAAUGCAAAUGGGCCUUUCAAUAUGCAGCUCAUUGCCAAGGUGCCACAAUUCUCAUUUUCGCGACUGACAGGCGCAGACGUAAUGCUUGGUGUGGAAAUGGCGUCCACAGGAGAGGUCGCAUGUUUCGGGCGACAUCGUCAAGAAGCGUACUUGAAAGCACUUCUUUCAACUGGGAUUCAUAGUUCCGAAGAAGAACAUUUUCUUGUCGAUCGGAGGCUAUCAUGCAAAAUCGGAGAUGUUGCGCAAUCAGUAGCAGAGUUCUUUGAGAACAAGGAAUUCCAUUUGGUUAUCAAUCUUCCGAUUCGGGGAUCCGGGGCCUAUCGGGUAUCAGCAUACAGAACGCAUGGAUACAAAACUAGAAGAAUGGCUGUGGAUAAUGGAAUUCCACUAAUUACUGACAUCAAAUGCGCCAAGUUGUUCAUUGAGGCUUUACAUACGGUUGGCCGCCGUCCACCAGUAAACUCACAAAUUGACUGUGUGGCAAGUCGCAACCUGAAGCGUCUUCCAGGAUUGAUAGAUAUUCAUGUGCACGUUAGAGAACCUGGUGCUACUCAUAAGGAAGAUUGGUACACCUGCACUCGUGCGGCUCUUGCUGGUGGUAUUACGCAAAUACUGGCAAUGCCAAACACGAAUCCUCCACUCAUCGAUAAGGACAGUUUCCAGGUCGUUGAAAGGCUGGCAGCACACAAUGCUGUUGUUGACUAUGGGCUCUAUAUUGGUGCAACGUCUGAGAACGCAAGAAUCGCGUCUGAAAUUGCUCCUGCGGUCGUCGGAUUGAAGAUGUAUUUGAAUCAGACAUUUUCUACCCUGAAAAUAGAUUCAGUGGCCGAUUGGGUGAAGUUUGAUAUUUUCAGCAUUUCGAGUCAUUCCCGACCAAGUGUCUGUCACGCCGAGAAACAAACCGUGGCAGCGGUUCUUUGCGUGGCACAGAUGACUGGACGAGCUGUACAUAUCUGUCAUGUUUCGAAUGCCGAAGAAAUCCAGUUGGUGCGCGAUGCCAAGCGAAAGGGUUGGCCUGUGACAUGCGAAGUCUGUCCACAUCAUCUUCUCCUGUCAGAUGAGGAUUUGCCACCUGGUGUGAAGGAGGUCCGCCCACGUCUGGCGACAGUAGAGGAUAGGAAUGCUCUUUGGGAGAAUCUCGAGUACAUUGAUUGUUUUGCUACAGAUCACGCUCCUCAUACAUGGGUUGAAAAGGAUGACCCGGAACAGGCUCCACCCGGCUUCCCCGGUGUGGAAUAUAUGGUGCCACUGUUGUUGACGGCGGUCUCACAAGGAAAAUUAACGAUAAGGUAA